UUAGCCCCCAUUUUCACAAAUGUUACUUUGUUGUAAUAACUGUACUUUAUAAAUGUAUGGAUUUCGUGCACAGUAGGCCAUACUACUACUGCAAGAUGAUUGUUCGUGUGUUUGUUAUAUAUAGCUUAAUAACAUUGUCCAGCUUCACAGAAGGAAAAACUAAAAAUUGUGUCCAUGGAACUUUUAGUCCUCAUCCGAACGACUGCACAAUGUAUCAGGCUUGCGUGCAUGGAUAUCAAAUGAACAUGACUUGUCCUUUCGGAACUGCAUGGCAACAAAACAACUCCACAUGUGCAGAUGCUGCGGAAGUCGGGUGUAAAUUUGAAGAUGACAAAUCUGAUUCAAAAGCGUUUUCUUGUCCGAGUACCUUUGGAGAGUUUCCUGACCCAAAGAACUGUACCAAGUACUACGUAUGUUCUUACGGAACGGCAACAUCGAUGGAAUGUCAGAAAAAUACAGGAUGGGAUCCGAAGCUUAAAUUGUGCAAUCAUUUAUCAAAACUGUCAAACUGUUCUUAACGAGGACACUUUCUUUUAUCAAAUAAAGAAAAAAAGAUGCUUCAAAUGU